AUGAACGUAUUAUUAGUCAUAAUAUUAUAUGCAGCGCACAUAUCUGGGUACUAUUAUACAGAAGGGUGGAGAGGCUCAAGAUAUCACCCACUAGGCCCAUAUGCGCACCCAUACCAUUCAUUGGAGUAUCUUAGACAACACGGCAGACUGCAUGCGUACAGUUCUGCAUAUUUAACUCCGUACGGCACUCCGUAUGGUCAUAUAUAUCACAGUUCAUACCACAACGCAAGAAGAAAUGCAGCAUAUGGAAGCAGAGCAUAUGGUGCGUGUGGUGGCGCAUACGCUGCUGGUGCAUCAGACACAGCCUCUGCUGCUGCAGCUGCCGCCUCUGGGUAUUCUAGAUAUUCCAGAGUGUCUGCGGGUCUUUCAUCGGGUCUAUGUGAUGAAACGCCAUAUGGAUAUUAGCCAGUAUAAUUCAGGAGCGCCGGG